CUUUGGUUCCUGAAUCCACUGACUACCCCCGCCCGGUACCAAGAUGGCGGCAGAAGCAGCUGGUGGGAAAUACAGAGGCACAGUGAGCAAAAGCAAAGACCCCUCGGGGCUCCUCAUCUCUGUGAUCAGGACUCUGUCAACCAGUGAUGAUGUCGAAGACAGAGAGAAUGAGAAGGGCCGCCUUGAAGAGGCCUAUGAGAAAUGUGACCGCGACUUGGAUGAGCUGAUUGUGCAGCACUACACGGAGCUGACGACAGCCAUUCGCACGUACCAGAGCAUCACAGAGCGCAUCACCAACUCCCGGAAUAAGAUCAAGCAGGUAAAAGAAAAUCUGCUCUCAUGCAAGAUGCUCUUGCACUGCAAACGGGAUGAGCUUCGCAAACUGUGGAUUGAAGGAAUUGAACAUAAGCAUGUCUUGAACCUGCUGGAUGAAAUCGAGAAUAUCAAGCAAGUGCCUCAGAAGCUGGAGCAGUGCAUGGCCAGCAAGCACUAUCUCAAUGCCACCGACAUGCUGGUGUGUGCAGUUGAAUCUUUGGAGGGCCCCCUGCUCCAGGUGGAAGGUCUGAGUGACCUUCGGUUGGAGCUUCACAGCAAGAAGAUGAACCUCCACUUGGUCCUCAUAGACGAACUGCACCGGCAUCUGUAUAUCAAGUCUACCAGCAGAGUUGUGCAGCGGACCAAGGAGAAAGGGAGAAUGAGCUCCCACAUGAAAGAUGCAUCUCCUGUUCCUCUGAUUGAUGUUACAAACCUUCCUACGCCUAGAAAAUUCCUUGAUGCAUCUCAGUAUUCUACUCCUGGGAGCUCAAGUGUGAAGGAGAUGAACUUGCAGGAUAUCAAAGAGGAUUUGGAAUUGGAUCCAGAGGAAAACAGCACCCUUUUUAUGGGUAUCCUUAUUAAGGGGUUGGCCAAACUGAAGAAGAUUCCAGAGACAGUUAAGGCCAUCAAAGAACGCUUGGAGCAGGAGCUAAAGCAAAUCGUGAAGAGGUCUACAACCCAGGUGGCUGACAGUGGCUAUCAGAGAGGAGAGAACCUCACUGUGGAGAACCAGCCAAGGUUGCUUCUAGAACUGCUGGAGUUGCUGUUUGACAAGUUUAAUGCUGUCGCCACUGCGCACUCUGUGGUCCUGGGAUACCUACAAGACACUGUGGUGACCCCCCUGACCCAGCAAGAAGAUGUCAAGCUGUAUGACAUGGCAGAUGUGUGGGUGAAGAUCCAAAAUGUUCUGCAGAUGCUGCUGACCGAGUACUUGGACAUGAAGAAUACUCGUACGGCCUCUGAACCAUCAGCACAACUCAGUUAUGCCAGCACAGGACGAGAGUUUGCCGCCUUUUUUGCCAAGAAGAAACCUCAACGGCCCAAAAAUUCUCUUUUCAAGUUCGAGUCGUCCUCCCAUGCCAUCAGCAUGAGUGCCUAUUUGCGAGAGCAGAGGAGGGAGCUCUACAGCCGGAGUGGAGAACUUCAAGGGGGUCCUGAUGACAACUUAAUUGAAGGUGGAGGGACAAAAUUUGUCUGCAAACCUGGAGCCAGGAAUAUUACCGUCAUAUUCCAUCCAUUACUAAGAUUUAUUCAGGAGAUUGAGCAUGCCCUGGGGCUUGGUCCAGCCAAACAGUGUCCUCUUCGGGAGUUUCUCACUGAGUACAUCAAGACCAUCUUCCUCAGUCAGGUCUUGGCAGAGAUCAACAAGGAGAUUGAGGGUGUCACUAAAACAUCCGACCCCUUGAAGAUUCUUGCUAAUGCAGAUACCAUGAAGGUUCUGGGGGUGCAGCGACCUCUCCUGCAGAGCACAAUCAUUGUGGAGAAGACAGUGCAGGACCUCAUGAAUCUGAUGCAUGACUUGAGCGCAUACUCAGAUCAGUUCCUCAACAUGGUGUGUGUGAAGCUCCAGGAGUACAAGGACACCUGCACUGCAGCCUACAGGGGCAUUGUCCAAUCAGAAGAAAAGCUUGUUAUCAGUGCAUCUUGGGCAAAAGAUGACGACAUCAGUAGACUCUUGAAAUCACUACCAAACUGGAUUAAUAUGGCUCAACCCAAGCAGCUGAGGCCAAAGAGAGAAGAGGAAGAAGAUUUUAUAAGGGCAGCCUUUGGCAAGGAAUCGGAAGUUCUUAUUGGGAACCUGGGUGAUAAAUUAAUCCCAGCACAAGACGUCCUACGCGACGUGAGCGACCUCAAAGCCUUGGCCAACAUGCAGGAGAGCCUGGAGUGGCUCGCGGGUCGGACCAAGUCUGCUUUCUCCAACCUGUCCUCCUCCCAGAUGCUGUCUCCUGCUCAAGAUAGCCACACGAGCGUGGAUCUCCCCCAGGUGUCAGAGCAGAUCAUGCAGACUCUGAGCGAACUUGCCAGAUCUUUCCAGGAAAUGGCUGACUGCUGCUUGCUGGUCCUACAUCUGGAAGUCAGGGUUCACUGUUUCCAUUAUCUCAUCCCUCUUGCAAAGGAGGGGAACUAUGCCAUUGUCGCUAAUGUGGAAAGCAUGGAUUAUGACCCUCUGGUGGUUAAGCUCAACAAAGACAUCAGCGCCAUCGAGGAGGCCAUGAGUGCCAGUCUUCAGCAGCACAAGUUCCAGUAUAUAUUUGAAGGACUGGGACACCUGAUCUCCUGCAUCCUCAUUAAUGGUGCACAGUACUUCAAGCGCAUCAGUGAGUCUGGCAUCAAGAAAAUGUGCAGGAACAUUUUUGUUCUUCAGCAGAAUUUGACCAACAUCACCAUGUCACGAGAGGCUGACCUGGAUUUUGCAAGGCAGUACUACGAGAUGUUGUACAACACGGCCGAUGAGCUCUUGAACCUGGUGGUGGACCAGGGCGUGAAGUACACGGAGCUGGAGUACAUCCAUGCCCUGACCUUGCUGCACCGCAGUCAGACGGGGGUGGGAGACCAGACCACCCAGAACAUGAGGCUGCAGCGGCUCAAGGAGAUCAUCUGUGAGCAGGCUGCCAUCAAGCAAGCCACCAAGGAUAAGAAAAUCACCACGGUUUAAUGGGGUGCACUUGCUGGGAAGCGGUGGGUGGAAAGUGGCUAUUUUUGUUUUGUUGAUCACACUCCUUUCUUUGACCUGUUUGGUAUAUUUUACACUGAUUUAGUUUUCUCUGCACUGAUACAUUAGUGGAGAGAAGCUGUAAGGAUUUUUUUUCUCUGUAGUUUUGGCUUUUCAUAUCUAUUCUAAAGGGAGCUUUUAGUACAGAAGGUUUUAGUUUGGCAUCUACUUUAACAUAGUCUAUGCCAAAGGGAUGAUGAGAGGGCGGGAUGGGGAUGUUAUGUCAAGUUAUUCAACUGACAAAUGAAUGCAUGCAUUACUAACACUUUCUUCCUUGCCCAGCAAUCUCUGGAAAGUAAACUGCUAGCCAAGUUUUAGUCCCAAACUAAAAUCACAACUACGUAAACAGUAAGAUUUGUAUUCUCUUGGCCUUGUGGGUUACAAUUCAAUGAAAUAAAUGUAUGUGCACUGCUUUCUGUAUAACCAAGCUCAAAGCAAUGGCUUCUCCACCGGCUGGAGUUUUCAACAACUUCCCCUAACCAAAACAGGGCCUCUUGAGGACCAGGGGAAUGAGGCCACUUAUCCCAAUCCUGGAAGAAGUUUACCUGCAGUAGCUUGUACACAAAGUACAGGUUGGUUUAUUCCCUUUUUGUUAUUUCCGCUGUAUCUCAGCCAACAGCCAGCAAAUGAAUGACAAAAAUGGGAGCAUGAAAGAUGACUCAACCCUCUUCUUGAAUUCUCCCCCUCAACUCUCCAAGGGAAAAUGAUGGUAGAGAACUUUUAACUGCAUCUGAAACAUUGGACAUGAGUGAGUCUUAGAUGCUCCCUUAGUGUCCUUAUGAUCCCCUGGGUCUGUCUCACCUUAGAAAGCAGCCCUGGUCUGCUCAGCUGAAUGCAAGGAUGAUUGGUCAGCCAUGCCAUUCCUCCUAGGUGAGCCCACCCAGGAGUCCCUCUGCAGUGCUCUCAUGGUGUGGAUUCUCCACUCCUACUCCACCGGACCUUACCACUCUCUCCCGGUUCCCAAGCACUCUUGCUGCCCAUGGUUGAUAUGUCACAGGAGGAAACAACAUACUGAUGUGGACACACCUUGAAAAUAUUUGGGAAAGAGAGCAGGAAGUCCUUUGGCCCCACAUGGUCAUACCUCACGCUAUGAAGGUCCAAAAUUAUAUAUGUUUGUACAACUUUGGUCUUGGCGGAAAAGAGCAGAAAAUUAAAAUGUUUUGAGAAGCUUAAAUGUUGUGUCUUGAUUUUGUUUUGUUUUGUAUUCUUUAUUUAGAAAAUAUCCCCUAAGGGCCAAGUAUGUGCCACAUGCUACUAGGCAUAGGGGCAGAUACAGAACAAUAAAGGACAGUCUUAUCUACCUUCAAGACAAGGCAUGAGAACUGGACUCCAAACCAAAAUCCCAACAGAUGUACACUCAAGGCUGAGUUAGAAAUCAGGCCACGCAGAGGGGGAGCUGUGAAGGGAAUCAGCAAAAAGCUGGAGGGUGGUCUUCCAGGGAGUUCUGGAAGGAAUGUUGUAGACCUUUGUGGCUUUAGGUGCCUGAUUAGGAAGAAGUUGAAUGUACUCAGGAAACAACCAAGGAAAAUCAUAGGCACCAGCAUGGGAAGUUGCCUCCAAGAAGUGGAGGAGGGAGGAAGGAGAUGUGGAGCCAUCAGAGCUGAUCACUUGGGUUUGAAAGCCUCCUCCUAGUAGGCAUGGCCUCCCAGCACAACUCUCUCUCUCCUUCCUGUCCACUCCAGGCCAAGACCUCUGGAGCAUUGACAGUGAUGCCAGAAGAGGCGGGGGUGAGACUGGAGAGUGACUUGGGUGUUGAGUUGGAUGUAGACAGGGACAGCCUCAGUCAGGAACAAUGAGGACUGGUAGGAAAAUGGCAGAUGAGCUACUUCUGGGGCAGCAUUCAGCAUUCUAGAAUCUCUACAUUGCUUACAAUAAUGAUAGGCUUGAAAAAUGUCAAUUCUGCACCAAAAAAGCAGUCUAGGAUGCUUUGUCCACAACAUUCAAACUUAGACUUCUUUGUAAAUGGUCUGUCCAUCUUUUCUCUUCAAUAUCAAGAAUAGCCAAGGACACAUUCAGUGCUUGUUGAAAAGUUGCAGGCAGAGAAGUGCAGGGACACAUGAAGAUUUCUACUGUUGUGAGCUGCUAUGGUUCUUCUUUAAGAUACCGUGUGAGACUGCCUUGUGCUGUUCACAACCACAAGCAGAAAGUACUGGAAAGAGUCAGGGGAGCGAAGGACAGGGCCCAGCAUUUUUCACCAUGAAGACUGCUCCCUAAACAUGCUGUUAAAGCUAAAAAAGGCCAACAAAAUAGGCCUCCCCAGAAAGGACACUGAAAACAAAACAAAACAUUGUCUCGUUUUUCUACCACGGAACAGACAGGAUGGACAAGAGUGGACUUCUAUUGACAGCAGUAGGCCCUGCGCCUUGGAGAAAGCUCUUAAGGAAACCACCUGAGGGGAACGGCAGACUUAACCAUGAGGAAGGACAACUGUGAGGAGAGUCCAUCUAGCCGGGCACCAGAGAGUUAGCUCCACAUGCAAUAGCACAGGGACAAAAUAGGCGUCUCCAUCACUGUCAUCUACACCACAGGACUUAACACAUCAGCCCAUUUCAUCCUCAAAGCAGCCAUGUUAGAGAUACUGCUUUCCGCCUUCAUUCCCAAGGGAGCAACAAAUACUAAAGAAGACCUUCCCUGCUCAGUCUCCCUUAGGAAAAAUGCCUUGAAAAGCAGUACCAUAAUCAAAGGAUGGGCCCCAACUCUUGGUAGAUGUUGGCAAAUUGUGUCCUCAGAAUCGCUGACAGUGGCUGCUGCUUCUACAGUCUUUUGUUGUUUGUGAUAACCUUUUCACCUGUCACCCCACCUCUUAAUUUAAUAAACUACUUUUUGGCUAUGGUGCCAUUCACCCUAAGAGUUUCGUUUAUGUCUGUGCCAUUAAUAUAAUUUCUUUCCGGGAAUUUCAUCCUCAUGCAAUGUCUUUAUUCCUACCUCACAAUGAUAUUGAUAUUUUUUUUUAAUCUUAUUGCCCAGUUGGAACUUUUCCCGCUCAUAUCUGAUUAUCUCUCUGUCGAUUAGUUAAAGAUGGCCCCUCAGGCUUUCCUUGCCCAAAGAGGGCCUCUCUUUCUGGGCUUUAAAAGACAAAUUCAUCUUUGAGUUGGCAAGUUCAGCUCAGAUUCAGCGGUCGGACUGGUCUGUGCUCUCAUACCCUGAAUAACCAGUCAUGCAGAAUCGUUUGGGGAGUAGGGAGUCUCCCACCUGAAAUGGCUGCCCGUUGCUGAGUGACCUAAUUCAUAGCCCCACUCCAGCACCAAAUGUUUUCUCAGGCUGACUGUUAUUAAUGUAUGUUUCAAAGAACUUGGAAGAAAAGCUCAAAUACAGCCAAGCUGGAUUGGCACCCGAGCCUGGCGGUUCUGUCAAGUCAUAUCCAUGACUGUCUUAGCGCUAAUGGGUCCACUCAGUCAAAAGGUAGAAUUGCCUGUUAAAGCUCAGGUGACAUGGACUCCAUGCAAUGGUGAGUAGAGUCCCUGCGACAAGGGGACUGACCUUUCUCUAUGACCUUGUCCUCCCAGACUCCAUAUUUCCUCCACCAAGCCAAGCCUUCUUUUUGGAGACACCCCAUAGGACAUGACUGACCCUCUGCUGCUCUCUCCUCAGCCUCCCACUGGAGACACAGGACUGUCCCUCCCUGGGGAGCAGGGGCCUAGAAGUUCAUCACCCUUUAUCAUACCAGUGGAACAAAUGGAUUUGCCCUUCCCAGACGUGCCAAAUGCACCAAGGCCAUUGCACUCAGGAUUCCUGCUCAGUGGCAUAGCUGUGGCUGCCUCCCCAGAACCAUGGCACUGAAACUUCCUAGUAAAGAACAGGGGGUCACCAUGGCUCAGUAAGCCCCAACUAGACUCAGUCUCUUCGGGGCAGUUGUGAUGAGAAGACAGGAAGGUCGCUGUCCUUCUAGCAGGAUAAGAAAACAAGGGGUAUCCUAAUCAAGAUUUUUCUUGAAAAGCAAACCGUGUGCUGAAAUGCACAUACCUGAAAGCUACUGUCCCAGCGUGGCAGGGAUGGAAGGCAGAUGGGACACAGUUUGGAGGGAGGGGAACGAGGUACCAAGAACACGAAAACAAAGAAUGCCUGGGCUCAGCAAAGGUCUCGACUCUGUCCUAAUUAGGCACAGUUUUUAUAAGAAGUACAUAAUUAAUAAGCUCAUGACCAGAUGCAAGAUACAGCAGAGUCUUUUCCUGAAAUGGAAGUUGUAAUGAAGUGUACACAGCUGGAAGCGGUUGUCCUCAUUUGGCUGAGGCGGGAGGCCUGCCUGGAAUUUUGAAGAGGUGUAGUAAGAGGCUCGCCACAGGUUUACACCUGAAAACAACUAAUCCUCCUCCAACUGGGCUGGGUGUAAUGAGAUAUGGCUAAUUAUCAAGAGUGUAAUGAGAUGCAAAAGCCCGUAGAAUUGAGCUGGAAAUUUCUUUAAAAGUGAACUAAGAUUCAGACACCAGAGAAGAAUUUCUGCUAAUGGCACUAGGUGUGAGUGUGAUGAAAUGUGCGUGGUAGGAGGGGUUGCUUUUGCAUACCUGGCCCAAAGACUUAUGUCUGCAAUUAAAAAUAUUGCUAGCACAUUCACACACCUGGAGCAGGAGUCCCUGGGAAGCCGAGAAUGCACUGACCCAUGGGGGCUGCACGUGUGUUUUUUAAUGCAUGUAUAUGUGCUUAUGUAUGUACGUCCAGCUGGGGGGAAAAUGAGGUUAGGUGCUGCCGUGAGUGUGGUUACCUUUACACUCCAUCCCAUUUAGAAAUGCAGUCUCAGAUUUCUGCUGAAUUUGCAACGGAUACCCUAGGAGGAGAGAAAUUGGCAAACUCCUCAUCCCAAACUUACUUAAUUACCUACCAGGUGAGUUUUUUUGCACAAGGAUUUAUUUGCUGGGAGAGACCAGGAAACCAUUAGCACUUUUUUUGUCAUGGUUUUUAUUUUAUGUUUGCUAUUAUGUUACUUUACACACCAUUAUUGAGCACUUAAUAUAUGUGAGGUGCUGUGCUGAAUGCUUUACCUCGUGAUUCUAUUUAAUCCUCACAAUAACCUUAAGAGAGGGACACUAUUGAUCCUUAUUUCAAAGACGACUCAGGCUCAGAUUAAGGACCUGGCCCCAGGCAGAUAGCAGAGCCAGAGUUCAUGCUCGGAGCCCGUCUCUUCUCUGAAAUGAGCCAAACCCCUCAUCCCCCCCAUGACGCAGGAAGGGACCCCACAUACUACAUUUAGCUCCCAGUGGCAGAUCAGCCCCUCCCAUCUGCUCUGCCCUUCCUGUGGGCCCCAGAGGGAGUCAUUUCCAGAAUGAAUUUGGGCCACCUCUCCUGGUCCCCUCUCUGCCCCUCCUCGGCCCCCUGCUGCCUGAGUCCACCCCUGUGGCCAAUAUGUCUGCAUACCUGUCGGACACAAAAAAAUCUCUGGGACCUGGGGCUGAGCCUCACCAGCUGGAGGCCCAUGAGGACCCAUCCCUGAGCCAAAGCCUGGAGAGCAUCCAAGGGAGGGACAAAAUGCCCAGGUUUUGACUGUGCCGUACGUUGGCUCAAAGUUGUCACCUCAUCUCAGCCUUUUACAAGUGUUUCGAUAUUGUAUGUGUUACGAAGUGCCAAGAGCCUCUAUUUUCUCAUAUGUGAAAUGGGAGAAUAAUAUUUCUCCCUCAACAGUAUUGCUGUAUAAAAUAAGAGGGGUUCAGUGCCUGGCACAUUAUGCUACAGAGACAUCAUAAUACUAGAAUAUUUUCUGUUUCUUUGAGGAUCUAGGGAACCAGGAUCUAGAAAACAUGCUCUGUUGCUGUGGCCUAAGAGCGCAGCCACCCUGGCUAGGGCCUGACAUCAGUGAGACCUCCACGGCGCCAGGUGGGGCUCAGGACAGCUGUUUGCUGUGCGUGGGCACCUGAACUCUCCAGGCAACAGCAGGUCCUGGUGUUGUUCUCCCGCACUCCCUGCCCCCGGGCUCUAGCUUCUCAC